AUGAAACAAAAUAGAGCUGGAAAAUUUGUAUUCAAAGGGAAAUUUCCUUUGAUAAAAUUUGGAAUAUUUGCUGACGAUAGUGAUCAAUCGGAAUCAGACAAUCUUUCUAAUCCCGCAGAAACUAAGGAUGUUGUGAUUUCAAUUUUAGAGCCUGAGAACGAAGACUUUCAUGUUUCACCUGCAGUAGCUGUGGCUGAGGAACAUGACCACCUACAUGAUGUAGAUGUUGAAGGAAAUUUUGAUCGAGAGGUAGGAGAUGAGGACUUCAAGGGUGAUGAUGAUUUCCUGAAAGAGCCGGAUUUUACUAGGAUCAGCGAUGAUAUCCCCUCGAGUAUUGAACUUAAUCUCGAUGAUGAUGAUUGUGGUCCACUUCCGGGAUUCGACAGCAGGUGUUUUAAAAAGGUUAAUGAAGUUGCUCAACCAGCAACCGAGACUGGGGAAGAUGUUAGUGCUCUCAAAAUUUUGCUUUCUUCUUCAAAACCUAUGGAGGUCUCUUCAAGUCCAAGAGAUGUGGUUUCAGAGAUUCCUCCCCCUGAAUUAAAUGGAGUGUCCACUAUAAGCCAGGCACCACCAGUCUCAUCUAUUGUUACCACCACUACAGUCUCUACUCCACCAAUACCGUCAGAAGAAGGCCCGAGCACAAUAUACGAAGCAGGUGGUUUAUCCUCUAUUCCAGAGUAUUUUCCUUCAAGGCCCUCACAGGAUGAAGCCUCUAUUAGGUUGGCCAAGCACCUAGCUCAGAACAGUCCAAUUUCUUCCUCCCAGGGAAAAGCCAUAUCUUUCGAGGAAGAACAUUCAGGUGAUGAUAAGACUUUAGUGUCAAAAUUUCGUGAAGAAAUCGGUAUUAUCAGACAAGACGUUAUAGAAAAGAACAUCUUGCUGGAUCAACACGAGUCUUAUAUCAUUGAGCUCCGAGAAAGAGAUGAACUGAAGACAAAACAGAUUACGGAUCUGCAGACAAAUCUUGAUCCUCCCGUGGCUCCCACCCAAUCCACAGAAGGCGAUUUUCCAGUUGAUCCACCUCUUCCAAGGACAACUACAGUUGUUAAUGGGUUUGAUAAAGAACCUGAAAAUAGCAGAUCCAGCAUCACCAUCAAGCAAGGGAAAAGGACCGUUACUGCCAGCAAAAGCGAACGAUUACUUUUCAUGAAAAACUCGAAUGAAAAUCACAAAGCUAAAGAUCCCGUGCUGACUGUGAUGGACCUCAAAAAGAGAAAGUUUGGUGACGAGUUUGGAGAUCGAUCCGAAAUCAGAAUGUGGGCUUUUAAUCCCGAGUCGAACAUGUGGGUCGUAAAAAGGAACUCUGGAAUCCCUAAGUAUUACAAAAGUAUUCAUGAUUUCAACUCGUGGACAAAAGUUGAUCUUGUUGAACUUUCAAGAGCCCUAUUUCAUAAUCCUUCAGAAGAUCCCAGCACGACAAAUUUUAAAAGAUUUCUAGAUAGGCAGGUCAAGGAGAACUUCUCAAAGAUGAAAACUGCAAAGGCCCUGUACAGAAAAGAUACGGAUGUUCACGAUCCUGAAUCUGGUGAGCCAAUGAAGAUCAUAUUGUGGCCAGCAACGAAACAGCUAAAGGAAAUUCCUAUCCCUCAACAUUUUCAUGAGGGAUACCUUGACAAUAUGGAAUUCUGGGCGUUUGAUGAUGAAAAUGCCACUGCUGCCAUCAAAUUCAAAGAUAGAGAACAAGUUCUAAGGCUGAUCAGUGCUAAGGAUCUUCUCAAAUUCAGAGAAAGAGAUAUUCGUACUCUGUCUCGUCACCAAAUCAUUUGCCGAAAAGAUGUCAUGGAGGCUGCUGCCAAAGAAUUUACUGGAAUGGUUGCCACAAUCAUUAAUGGGAAACUUUGGAUGGGAUCCAUGGGAAAGUCUGAUCUGAAGCUGUUUAAAAAAUCUGGAGAAUGA